GCAGGAGCAAUAGAUUGCAGCAGGGACAGCACGAUGUCUCUUUUCCCAGGAGUCGCACUGGUAACAGGCGCGGCAUCAGGCAUUGGCCAGGCCACAGCCAUCUCCUUUGUGCGAGAAGGAUGCCGCAAACUUGUCAUUGCAGAUCUUAAUGCUGCUGGCCUUGAAGAAACAGCACGGCUGCUGCAAGAUUGUGUGGAAACCAACAGCUUGUUCCUCGUCAUCAAAACCCUGGACAUCUCUCAGGAAGCCGAGAUCGACGAAUUGUUCAAAAGUAUUGGGAGAGACUUCGGCCGCAUCGAUUAUGCUGCCAACUGCGCGGGUGUAUUAUCCCAACCACAAACAUCGCACGAGACUUCCGCUGCCGAUUUUGAUAAGAUCAAUGGCAUCAAUUAUCGUGGUUGUUGGCUCACUUCUCGCGCGGAGAUCCGGAUGAUGCUUCGUCAGGAACCACUUCCAACUCAUGACGGUCGUCCAGGCAAUCGAGGCUCGAUCGUGAACGUGGCUUCUCAGCUCGGUAUCGUCGGACGGCCUGCUGCCCGUAAAUACUGCGCUUCAAAAGCAGCCGUCAUCAGCAUGACCAGAUGCGAUGCCAUUGACUACGCAAAAGAAAACAUCCGAGUGAAUUGCGUCUGUCCAGGAAUAAUUGAGACACCCAUGACGAGACCACAAAUGGAGACAUAUUCGGCAGCGAUAGCAAUAGCGCCGAUGAAUCGACCAGGCACGGCGCAAGAGGUUGCAGAUGCUGUGUUGUUCCUGUGCAGCUCAAAGGCUACGUUUGUGCAAGGCAGUGCUAUGGUGGUGGACGGAGGAUACACGAUCAAUUGACGGCGUUGCCUCACUUUUGAUUUGAUGCAUACAACCGUACUCCAGAGCGUUCGCAUUGGAACCCGAGAAAUGCGACGAUAUCCGAAUUUGCCAAGCAGUCGGAUCUCUGACCAGCGAUGUGAAUCCUCGAUUACCGGCAGGAGAGACAACACCACGUGAGAAAAGAGUAUUGACCGCCGGCUUUGGUCUGAAUCUAGCGUCUCAUUGCAUACCCAAAGCAGUAGAAUGAUGGAGUGUGUCUCCAGGUUUCGACAACGCUUCAAGGGUGCAUAAUGCGUGUUCGGCGAAUUAGUGAGUCCCAGACUGGGGAUGGUGUCACUCUGGCACAAGGGGCGCGGUAGCCACGGAGUCCUGUAAGUCUCUCAUUGAACAGAACAGGAGGCUGGUGAACUACUGUGUCGGGGAGGUGGCAUGGGGCACUCAUCGAACAGCUGUUCAUCAUCACGAGGAUGGAAAGCAAGCAGAAAAAAAUCUCUCAACACUCGGGUCCUUCCAUGAGGCCCAGUCUCGACCAAAUCAAACUGCAACACCCGAA